ACGGCGAGGACAAAGCAAGAUGGCGUCUGACGGUGAAGACGUUAUUGCAGUCGUCACAGUUCAGUGUUCUUAAUCUGUGCGUCCAUGUACACAUAUAUGUCCUUUAUCACUAUUAAAUAGAGUAAACAUCGUUAAUAACUGUUCGCAUCCGGUUAUAUUAGUCUGAGCGCACUUUGACGCUUCUCGAGCUAGCUUAGCUUGCUAGUUAGCUUAGCGUGUUAGCUGCUAACAAAGAGAGGCGGAAGUGAUGAAAACACAUCGCUAAGCAGAGAUCAAGUGUGAGUGUAAAGUGUUGUGAUUGUGUGAAAAUGUGCGAAAGAACCAUAGCAGAGUACGAGGAGGAACUUUGUCCAACAAAAGAGGAGAAGGAGCGACAACAUGAAAAACAUCAAGUUGUGUUACACAGAACAGACAUCCAUCAGCUGAUUGGACACCAAGAAGAAUGUCUCCCUCGUCUGCAGGGGGACAGUUUCACUUUAGAGGAUCCACAGCCCUCCCAUUUUAAAGGGGACGAGGAGGAUCCACAGCCCCCUUAUUUUAAAGAGGAAGAGGAGGGAGCGUGUCCUGUAGGGCAGGAGGAGGCUGAUCUCACCAAGUUUCCACUGACUGUUGUCUCUGUGAAGACUGAAGAGCAUGAAGACAAAGCACCUGAGUCCUCACAGCUUCAUCACAGUCCAAACGUCUGUGAAGAACAUCUUCUCUCUGAGCAACACAAGUGGAGCUUCAGGAUGGACGAGGAGGAGCCACAGCCCUUCCACAUUAAGGAGGAAGAAGAGGCGCCACAUUCAUUACAAAUGCAAAGGGAAGAAAAUAACCCACUGACCUCCCAUUUUAAAGAGGAAGAGGAGGAACACCGCAUCAGUCAAGAAUGGUUGGAGGAGUUCCAUGUGAUUGUGAAGAGUGAAGGUGAUGAGGUCAAAGGUGAGAGUGAGCAGAAGAGAGAGGCGGAGCCUCCAAGCAGCAGCUCAACUCAACACAUGACAACAGAAGCUGAUGGAGACCACUGUGGAGGAUCACAAGCAGACAAGCUCUUAGCUCCACUAUCAGAUAGUGAGGACACAACGUCACACUCUCCUGACACUGAUGAUGAAGACUCUAAAGAUGAUAAGACAUGUCCUCACUGCGACAAAACGUUCAAAUAUCGUUGUUAUCUGAAAACACACAUGAGAAAACACACAGGGGAGAAACCUUUUUCCUGCUCAGAAUGUGGUAGAGAUUUUAGGCUAAAACACAUGCUGAUAGAACACCUGAGAAUACAUACUGGAGAAAAACCUUUUUCAUGUUCAAUCUGCGGUAAAGAUUUUACCCGAAGGCACCAUUUGGAAACACACACGAGAACACACACUGGAGAAAAACCUUUUUCAUGUUCAAUCUGCGGUAAAGAUUUUACUCAAAGGCAAUUUUUGAAAACACACAUGAGAAUACACACUGGAGAAAAACCUUUUUCAUGUUCAAUCUGUGGUAAAGAUUGUGCUCAAAGGCACAAUUUGAAAACACACAUGAGAAUACACACGGGAGAAAAACCUUUUUCCUGCUCCGAAUGUGGAAAAAGUUUUGUAAUGAAUCAAAGUUUAAAAGUACACAUGACAACACACACUGGAGAAAAACCUUUUUCAUGUUCAAUCUGCGGUAAAGAUUUUAUUCGAAGGGACAAUUUCAAAGCACACAUGAAAAUACACACUGGAGAAAAACCUUUUUCGUGCUCAGAAUGUGGUAAAAGCUUUGUAAGAAACCGAAGUUUAACAGUACACAUCAGAACACACACUGGAGAAAAACCUUUUUCGUGUUCAAUCUGCGGUAAACAUUUUACUCAAAAGCACAAUUUCAAAACACACAUGAGAACACACACUGGAGAAAAAAAUGUUUCAUGUUCAAUCUGCGGUAAAGAUUUUACUCGAAGGGAACAUUUCAAAACACACAUGAGAAUACACACUGGAGAAAAACCGUUUUCCUGCUUAGAAUGUGGUAAACGUUUUGUCAUAAAACAAAGUUUAAAAGUACACAUGAGAACACACACUGGAGAAAAACCUUUUGUAUGUUCAGUAUGUGGUAAAAGUUAUAUAAAAAGAGACCGCUUAAAUUUACACAUGAGAACGCACUCUGGUGAAAAACCAUACUCCUGUUCAAGCUGCAACAAAAGCUUUCGGCACCGACAAUCUUUUACAGUACACAGUAGAACACACACAGGAGGGAAAGUGUUGAGUUGCAGUGUGUGUGGUGAAAGAUUCUCCUAUAAGUACCAGUGUAAGAAACACAAGUGUGCUGGUGAGAACAGCAGCAGCAAAUGAAGAUGCAGGAUUUGAAAUAAACUGUCAAAACUUUAACUUUGACUUUCUAGCAACAUCAGCACAUAUAACAUGUGUGACAUCAUUGUUGUGUGUGUAACACAAUCUUGUUAAUAUGAUUCUAACAUUUAUAGAUUACUUUACUUUACCUUUAUUUCAGUCAAGUACAUGAGUUAAUAUACACAUUUGUGUACUUUAAAGUGAACAGAACAAUUUGACUGAAAAGGUGAGAAUAAACAGUACAUAAAAUAUGUUACAUACAAUAAACAUUUUAAGUGUAGAUAUUCAUAAUUCACUUUUAUACUUAUUCAUUAUAGUGUUUUAUAUAUGUUUUUUGAAAUAAUGAAGUGUUACAUAUUUUAUUUUCUAAUUGUAGAUGAUUCCAUAGAUGAAGUCCUUUAUAUGAUGUACAUAUUUGUUUUACAUGUGUUCGUACCUUUGCUUUUGAGUACACAUAAAUCCCUCUUAGUUCAUAUUUACUGGUUCACAUCUGAAACAUCUUCUGGACCACUUCUGGAAGCAUAUUAUUAUUUACUUUAUACAUCAUUUGAGCAGUUGUCUUUUAUACAAGAUCAUUUACUUUUAAAUGUGUGACUUUAUGAAUCAUUUGUUGGGUCUCUACAAUCCAUUUUGUUAAUUGUCUUUAUUACUUUCUUUUGUAAUAUGAAUAUUGUUUUGUGAUUGUUUUAUAUGUAUGUCCCCAGACCUUUAUGCAAUAAACAAUGUAUGCUUCAACUGAAG